AUGAAGCUGGGACCCAUCGACGCCGUUUACACAUGGGUAAAUGGGUCAGAUCCAAGAUGGAAAAGCGAGAGAGACUUUUGGUAUCAGCAAUGGGUUCAAGGAUUUGAUGGACCAAACCGGAAAAUCCAAAAUGAGCGUAAGAGUAGCUCCGAGGAUGAUGGUGCUUCUGCCGACUAUCAUUUUCGAGACAACGACGAGCUCAAAUAUUCAGUUCGCUCCUUGGACAAAUAUGCGCCAUGGAUCCGCCAGAUAUUUAUUGUGACGAACGGCCAAGUUCCCGCUUGGUUAGACCAGGACAAUCCUCGCAUCAGAAUUGUUAAGCACUCGGAAAUAUUUGAUAAUACCUCUCACCUGCCGGUUUUCUCAUCCUCUUCCAUUGAGAGCAAUUUGGACAGGAUUCCAGGCCUCAGUGAUGCCUUUCUUUACUUCAAUGAUGACGUUUUUCUUGGUGCCCCUAUAUGGCCAGAUGAUUUUAUCACACCAUCUGGAGAGCAAACGAUCUACCUAUCUCACCCAGUUCCACUAGGUGAUGAUGCAUACCCGGAGUAUUGGGCUGGAGGCAAAGAACCUACUCCAGAUAGUCCCGAAUUGAAACGGGGGCGAGAGCUCGAUGACUACGGCUUCGUGGAUGAUGAGCAGGGCGGUGUAAGGAUUGAGCAGCUAGUAGGAAAAGUAUAUGCCUCUUCGGCAUGCGAUGUGGAAGCAGAGGUCCCUCAGUCCAUACUUGAUGAAGUUUUGAGGAACGACCUUCCUCUAGGACAUGGUCACAUUAAUAUUACCUCACUCUUAACCCACCAAAAUCCCACCUCAAACGAUGAGGUAUCAGAGACGACAGAAAGAAUGUCAGCACUGGAUACCAAAAGUCGGAUCAAACUUUUGGCGCUACUAGAUGCAUUACCGUAUUGCCCCAAUGACCAUGAUUUGGUGGCUGAUGCAAUUCGAUCUGUGAUAAACGCCUUCAACGAACGAUUCAGUUUUUCAAAACACCUGCGGAGGGUCCCAUCUCAUAUGCCUCAUAUGAUCAAAAAGCAAGUCCUGACUGAACUCAAAAGAAUAUUUCCACAAGAAUUCCAACAAAAUUCAGCCCACCGGUUCAGACACCCCCAGGAUCUACAGGUUGGCUUUGCUUAUUUCAACUACCUCAUCAAUCGGCCCAACUUCUUGUCUUCUACCAUGUGUGGGUUACAAGAUCAAAGACCUGGCAUAGAUCGCAAUUGCUGGUAUGAAGAAUAUCAUAUCCGCACCCUGGAAAGCCUUCUGUACGGGGCCACUCCACCGGCAGGCUUUCACGACUCUUUUCAAAGGUGUCUUCACAAUGGCUCUGGGUUCACAAGCGACUUACAGUUUCCGACCGAUGCAGAAAAAAGAAGAGCUGUACCUAUUAAAGACGUGGAGCGUUGCAUCGAUAUGCCAAAGUUGCGAUCCAAUUUGCAAAAAGCGAAAGGAUAUAGACUGAAAAUGGGAACCGAUGUGGCCUUUCACAUGUUGGGAGACGAAUACCAGACUACGAUGGACCAACUGCAGUCAACGAGAGACCGACGAACGAAAUUCAUCUGUCUCAAUGAUGAUAUGAAGAGCCCAUCAAUUGACUUGAGACGCGCUUUUAAGCAAUUGCUUGAAGACCUGUGGCCCGAGCCUUCGGUCUUUGAACUGCAGGCAAGACCCGUUGCCCCCAACGAAAGCAAUAAAGCAACGUCUCACGGGGAAGGAGAUUUUCCGUAUAUCUUCAUGACCCUUUUGCUCCUUCUCAUCAUUGGAUCCCAAGGAUUCAUACUGAGCCCAGAGACAACAUAUGCAAGUCACUGGAAAGACAUACCAACAGCGACAGAUAAUAUUAUCCGACAAUCUCAAACAUGUCCAGCGUCCUUCAUUCCCCUUCCUAAAGGAACUCCAAGAAGAAUCCCGCAGAUCCAACACCAGUUCAAUCCUGAAACUGAAUACGAUCGGCUUGAAAGGGCCGAAAGGCAACAGGCUGUGAAAGCAGCGUUCCAACAUAGCUGGAAUGGGUAUAAAAACAAUGCCUGGCUGUGGGACGAAGUAUCGCCAAUCAGUGGCGGUCACAAAAGUCCCCUUGGGGGCUGGCGGGCAACUUUGAUCGACUCCUUGGACACACUACUUGUAAUGGACUUGAAUGAAGAGUUUGAGACCGCAAUUGAAUCCCUCCACGACAUCGACUUUUCCACCUCGAAAUCACCAAAUAUCAAUGUCUUUGAGACAACCAUCCGAUAUCUUGGAGGUUUGAUCAGUGCAUAUGAUAUGACAGAUGGAAAGCAUUCUAUCCUUCUAGAGAAGGCACAAGAAUUGGCAGAGCUCUUGUAUGGGGCGUUUGAUACGCCAGACAGGAUGCCACAUACACGAUGGCGAUGGAUCAGGACCAGUUUUCAGUCUUUAAAACAGCCCAGUGAACCUAAGCUCCUUGCCGAAAUAGGUUCUUUGAGCCUAGAGUUCACUCGGCUUUCACAAAUAACAGGCGAUCCUACAUAUUAUGAUGCUGCACAGAGGAUAACAAACAAUCUACACAGUACACAAAACCAGACUAGAUUACCGGGUCUAUGGCCACUCUUGUUUGAAACUCAUGUAUUGAAUCUCACAGAAGCCUACUUCACAGUAGGUGGCAUGGCUGACUCCACCUACGAAUACCUUGUCAAAGAGUAUCUUCUCCUUGGAGGUCGAUCAUAUCAAUAUCGGGACAUGUACAUCUCUGCAAUGGAAGGAAUCAAAAAGCAUCUGCUCUUCCGUGGAAUGGACAAAGAUAGGGGAGAUAUAUUAUUUGCUGGAAAUAUCCGGUUCGACCCAGGAUCCGACGAGGGGGUCUUUGAAUAUCAAAUGGAGCAUCUCAAGUGCUUUCUCGGGGGCAUGGUUGGACUUGGCUCUAGAGUAUUUAGUCGCGCAGAAGACUUGUCUAUUGCACGAGAACUCGUGAACGGGUGUAUUUGGGCAUAUUAUCUCAUGCCUACUGGGAUUAUGCCCGAAACUCUAUACAUUAGUGGCUGCAGAGAUACAAAUCGCUGUGAAUGGGAGGAAGAAAAAUGGUUUCGUGGCAUUUUGGGAUGGCCAGAAGGAAAGCAAAUGCCUAUGCAUUUACGUGAGGCGACUCGGCUCAUUAUUCAAGAUCAUGGGCUACGGCCACCAGUACUGGAAUUUGCUAAUCCGAAAUAUCGUCUGAGACCUGAGGCGAUUGAAUCUAUCUUUGUCUUGUACAGAAUCACCGGUGAUAAGUCACUCCAAGAGGCUGCAUGGCGAAUAUUUCAGAACAUCGAGCGGUACAGCAAAGUCGAGCAUGGCUAUGCCGCUCUCAACGAUACCCGUGACAUACGGACAGCAAAAUUGGAUAUUAUGGAAAGCUUCUGGCUUGCAGAAACACUGAAGUACUUUUACCUAAUUUUCUCAGAUCCGAACUUGAUCAGUCUGGAUGAGUAUGUUCUGUAA